AUGCCUUCUAAUACGAUUGUUGCCACCAAACAUAUACCAUCUCCAGAUCAAGACGAUAUGGCACAUUCGGUCCGUACACAUUCACCAUCCCCGGUCAUGACCACGAAUAACAAGCCUCUGUCGCCCGCCGGCGUCUCGCCUACCCCUUCCAAUUCGUCAAAUACUGUCGCACCCUCCGGCAAGGAUCUCGAUCGGCCUGAAGAUAAUCUGAAUCACCGACGUGUUCAUUCAAAUAGUGACCAUCAACAGCAACCACCGUCGCCUCCAUAUCCUCGACGCUCGCCCGGAUCUGGGCAUAGUGCACAUAACUCGUAUAGUGAGCCGAAUCUGCGUUUAGAUGAGCAACGCCCUCCGUACUACGCCCCAACACCUGGACAGGAACAAGCACCAUGGCCACAGCAGCGCGGCAGAGAUGCUCGGGAUACUCGAGAUGACAUUGACGUCCGGGAUAACAAAGACGUCAGGGACGGGGACUACAUGGGCCCCCGCGAGCGAUAUCCGGCCUUAAGUCCAUACAAUCACCACGACCCCUCAUACUACAACGGAGGCUCUUCCAUCUGGCCACGACCGCAGUCUCCUCCCCCCAGCCAGGGCGCCUACAAACACCUGUCCUUCACUCGCCACGGAGCGGGCCUGCGAGCCAGGUCACCCCCACCCCCACAACAGCCCUACUCCUCUCGUCCACCACACUCGGACCCUUCUCCUCAGAGAUCAUAUCCUAUGCCCCCACAUCAGGCUAUGCCACCCUCGCCAUUGGAACCCACGCCACGAUCCCAUCGCUCGCCCGAAUCUUAUCAGGCCAAGCGCCACCGCCUCGAAUCGGACUCGGAUGGAUACUCGGACCAAGAGGGCAGACACCGUCAGGCUCAGGGUCAUGACCUCAAGUCACCUCGGGAUAGAGAUCAUAACCGGGAACUUUACCAUCCCAGCUCAUAUCAUGGAUACGGUGAUUCCUCCAGAGAUUACCAUACAAUGUCUGCAUAUCCAGGAUCCACCAACCUCGAGGGUCUUCCAGCAUUGGCACCACGACCCCCUCGGUAUGUCAUGGAGGAUGACCUAGGGCCGGGUAGUGACUAUCAUGGGGGACCCUACCAUCAUCAUCAAAGCCAGCACCAUAUGCAGCAACAUUCAUCACAGAACCAGACGAAGAAGGAAAAUGCAGAGCCAUUCAAGAUCCAAUCCGCCCGCGGCACUCCCAAGGGACCGCUUCCGAUCGAUGUGCAGAUCAGUCUGCUGAGUAGCGUCCUCAAGCAUGAUCCUUUCAAUUGCGCUAUCCGCAAGACUACGCAGGCAUGGGAGUUGAUCUCGAGAGAACAAGGUAUCAGAGCGAGGACGUGCUCCCGACGUUUCGAUAACAUCAUCCAGGCAAGCAUUGCGGGACGUGAUCGACCUGUCGGAACCGAGGAGCAGCAGGCGACCAAGAAGAAGUUGCUGGAACAGCUUUUCGAAAUGAUGAACCAACCCCAGGCACUUAAAAGGAUGCAGAAGAAGCGUCGGUAUCGCUCCGAGGAUACGGACAGGCGUCUGUUGAUGGAAACCAUUCGCCUGAAUCCAUUCGCUCAGAGAGUAGGCCAGGUGGCCAAGGCUUGGGAAGAUGUACGAGAUGCCCUGAACAUGAAAGUCCACGCCCGACAGUGCAUUCGGCGAGUGAACCGAAUGGUAAAGCCGUAUCAACUACGUGAGCGUAUGUACAAGGGCAACAUUCCCGAUGAGAUGAAAGAGGCCAACGAUGACCUUGUGAAACAGGUCAUCCAGCUGAUGCGCGUAGCUGGACAGGGCGGAUCACUCGAUGAUGCUUGCAACUCGAACGACGAUGACAGUGCCUCUUGCAUGUCCGACUCUGAAGACCAGGAGGAUGGCUAUAUGGAUUCGAAGCGACAGGACAAUGCUCAGGAGGAUGACGAGCUUGAGGAGGAUGAGGACGAGGAGAUGCAACCUCGUAGCGAGUCUGAGUAUCGAACUGCGCACAAGCAUCAAGAAAAUGAUGUCAAACGCAGCGUCACUUCACCGAUCUCGCCUUCAGCUCCUACUGCGACUUCGCCUUCGACAUUGCCUACAACUCCAUCACUCUCAGCAUCCGCUUCUGGACCUUCUUCGACAUCAGCCCCAGCGACUCCUGCCAAGAGAGGCCGACCCCGCAAUCCCGUGUCGACCUCACAGUCCAAUCGACCUUCCAGCCAUAGCUCUACGGACAGAGCCAGAGGCAAUGCGUUAGGAGACAAUACGAAAGGUGCACAAGUGCCCCAUCGAGGCUGGGACGGCGAAGCUUCCGAAUCUAAGGGCUCAUUGUCUCUGUCGAACGUCAGUCCCGAGGAUAAGGUCGCCAUGCAGUCGGCACAGCUCUCAUCCCCUCUUUCGCUUUAUCCCUCAUCCGCCCAGGGUCACGCACGCCACUAUUCUCAGAGCGAUUAUGCUGAAUCCGGCGACUAUAGGAGGCCUAUUAAGCAUGCGCGAACCAACAGCAGAGGUAUUCAUGACGGUGCAGACAUGGGUCGUCCUGAUAGAGCAAGACCCAUGUCGCCUAGCGGUGGCCGUCAAGGCCCUGCACAUGCUUACCACGGUCGCGAAAAAGAAGAAGCUGGAUACAGAUAUGGAUUCCAUGGUAGCCGAGGUCCUGCUGUGGACUCGCAUGGUCGCCCUAUCCAGCCGUCACCACACGAAUCGGACUUGAUGGGGCCAUCUACACCGACGGGUCAGCAAUACCGAGAGGUGAUGAGUGAGCUGCACAUUAUGCGAGAAUACCUUGCACAGAUGGAUGAACACCGGCGAGUGGAGAUGGAGCAGCAGGGAUCGAUGAUGUACAUGAUCGAGAAGCUGCAGCAUCAGAUCCAGCAGCAGCAGCAGCAACUAUCUCAGCUACAACAUCAAGUCCGAUAUGGGUACACAGGAACACAGCUACCAUUAUCUCAUUCACCACACCAUUCUCACCAGCAGCAGCAGCAUCCGCAGGGAGCUCAGGGAUCAGCGCCGGCCUCUGGAGGACCCCCCUCGGGCGGUCGGUAUCCCUCACAUACAAGCGAACAUCCCGGGUCAGUUCCGAAGGCUGUAGAAGGACAUUCUGUGGAUCGGCAGGGACCAGAAGGGGUACACCACUACAGCCGCUCGGAUCCUCACUUUGCUCCACGCGAUCGUGAUCUUCGCUAG